AAAGGGCCAUCCACUCCAAAGAGACAACCUCUCUAGGGAGAAACCCAGCAGGGAUGUGGGGUGCUUGUUCUGAGAAUAUAUCGACUCUACUCAAUUCAAUACCCCUUUAUAAUAAACACGUACUGCAUUUAUAGUCUUGUCCUCUUCUAUGGUUCAAGUAUCUCUCAUCUGUACUUGUCUCCCUUAAUUCUCUGAAAUUUAUCAGACACACAUAUUUCUAAAUUUUUCUAUAACAGAGGAGAUGAGAUACGUUCGUACAAGUAGCCUUAAGAGGCUGUUUUCUUUCGGAAGACACAGUUUUGAUGGAGAUUUUCCAAUAGCUUGUGAAGAAAAUAAUACUACAAGUACCGCUAUUGUUGCUGAUACUGCUUCCCCCACAACACAGCCAACUCAUAGGCCCACAUGGAAAUGUUUCUCUUAUCAAGAAAUUUUUCGUGCCACCAACGGUUUCGACUCAGAAAAUAUGGUUGGGAAAGGAGGGUAUGCAGAAGUGUACAAAGGAGUAUUAGAUGAUGGACAGGCAAUAGCUGUAAAAAUGCUGACAAAAGCCACCGAUGAUGAGAGAAAAGAGAAGGAAUUUUUGACAGAAAUUGGGACACUUGGUCACGUUUGCCAUCCCAAUGUGACAUCAUUGUUAGGUUGUUGUAUUGAGAAUGGGCUUUAUCUCAUUUUUCAGUUCUCUUCUAAAGGCUCUGUUGCUUCAAUUCUCCAUGAUGAGAUAUCACCCACUAUGGACUGGGAAACAAGGAACAAAAUUGCUCUUGGAACUGCAAAGGGUUUAUAUUACUUGCAUAAAUCUUGUCCUAGAAGAAUAAUUCACAGGGACAUCAAGGCUUCAAACAUUUUGUUGAGUGAGGAAUAUGAGCCACAGAUAUCAGAUUUUGGGCUAGCAAAAUGGCUUCCAUCACAAUGGACCCAUCAUUCCAUUGUUCCAAUUGAAGGGACUUUUGGGCACUUAGCACCAGAAUAUUUCAUGCAUGGAGUAGUUGAUGAAAAGACAGAUGUUUUUGCAUUUGGUGUGUUCUGCUUGGAGCUCAUUUCUGGGAAAAAACCAGUUGACAAUUCCCAUCAAAGCUUACACAGCUGGGCAAAACCUCUUUUGAGCAGAGGAGUUAUAGAAGAAGUAGUAGAUCCAAGGCUAGAAGGGCGAUUUGAUUCUACACAACUUCAUAAACUUGCUUUUGCUGCUUCACUUUGCAUUCGUGCUUCUUCUAUAUGGCGGCCUACCAUGAAUGAGGAAGGAAUUCGUCUUCAAAGUCUUGAAAUGUUCAUAAAUGGUGAGAUUUUAGAGAUAAUAUUGGGAGGCGAAGUUGAUAAAGACAAAUGGAAAAUGCCAGAUGAAGAAGAGGAAGAGCAAGAAGAGCUUUGGGGGUUUGAGGAUCUUGAAUGUGAAUGUGAUAGUUCCUUCUCAACUUCCCCACAUGACACCUUCUAAACGUGAAGCUCAUAAAUCCAAAUUCACAUAUUCAAUAUCACAUAUUAAAUAUGUUAGUGUUAGACUUUUAUAGAUAAAACUUAGGGGGGUAGUUUAUUAGUCAUAUUACUCUCUAAAUCUUAAUUUUUUGAGGUUGAACUUCCAUGUUUUAAAUUUCGGAUAUAUGCUUGUUCUUUUACAAAAAAUCUGCAUCAGUAUCAUCCACAUGUAAAUAAGACGUUUUGGAAUAAUUAAUUUCAUGGAUACUGAUGUAUAUCCAUCUCAA